CAUAUUAUGUAAAUCCUUUUCAGCAUCAGUAUAAAUUUAAAUACCUUAAUUUACCCAAAUUGAUAUUUUAAAAGAAUGGUCAAAGCUUAUUAUCAUCAUUCUCUAAAAUUUCGUCGAAACUGCUGCUCAUCUAAAACGCAGGGUGUUGUUUCUCGUACGAAACAUCAUGUUUGGAGCGGCGAUUGUAUGUUUAGCACUAAUUGGCGGGGUGUCGGGCAACUUUGAGAUUCUGGACUCUGGUAUCGAAAAUGGCCAAUUGGGAUUCUACCUAGUCAAUAUGACCUGUGCAACGUCAGGCGCACCGUGCCAGGCUUGCUUCCUUGCCCGCUACUUUGGAGUUAAUUAUCAGUAUGUGUUUGAAUACAGGGACGACCCGUACUACCGGAUUCACCUAACUGCACUCGGUGGAGAAGCCAACUGGGGUUUUUAUUUUCUUCAGGUUGAUCCAUCAGAGCCGUACAGAUGGUGCCUCGAUUUACUGGUCCCUUAUGACGUCACUUUCGGCCAUGAUUGGAGAACCACUAUUUGUUUCGAAAACAGCUUUGGUGGUUUCAUGGUUCCACCUGAAUGUCCGAAGCCCUUCGUCGGUGCCACUGUCGAUAGCCACUUGGGUGAUGAGAAAGUACGCGGCCAGCAAAUCAUCUACUGCCAACCAUGAGAAAUAUUCCCCAUACAAAUGCCAUAUCUAUCGGUUGAGCACAUAUUCUAACUUUAACCUAUUCUCCUACUUUAUAUCUAUUCAAAUUUUGAUUCAUUACGAUUAAUUAAUGAGGUGAUUGGUAAAAUUUACACUUAGUUUUGUCUAUUCUUUCAAUCACGUUGUCUAUUUAUUAAGCAGAGCUCACAGUCUCUAUAGUCUUGUAAUCUUCUAAUCGUUCCUUUGAGUUCGCCAAUGAGUAUUUGAGGUAUGCAGGGUAGAAUUAACGUUAUAAGGAACAAUAAUGCGUAUAGAGCAGACGGACUCUUUUUGGUAGUACAACUCGGCACAUUCGGGUAGUAUAUAGGCCAUCAGCCUGGGGGUUUGGUCGGUAUGAAAUGAGGGGAAUAUUAAAAAUGUUCAUUGUGAUUUUUGGCAGGGUAUGCACCCCUGUAGUUGGAAAUUAUGCGAUAGCAUUGCAGCGGUGCCAGCUUUUUGGGUGCUAUCACUAUUUUAAAGAAAUGGAGGCCAAAACAUGCUUGUCACCAUAAUUAAUCCGGUAGCAAGCACAUUAGCGGCCAUUUAAAAAAAAGAUAACACACACAACUAAUGCCACCUCUCAGACUGCAAAGCUAUCACAUAUUUUCCAACUCUAGAUGUGCAUACCUUGCCAAAUAUCGCUAUGAAGAUUGCUUCUUUCGAUCAUUUGAUACCGGUGACCGAAACUGAUAGCCUAGAGGAGCAGUUCAAAAAAUAAAUUUAUACACCUCAUAAUGCAGUCUCAAGUUUAACAUUCGAGAAGAAAAUUAAGGUCAUAAAGAUAAUUUGAAUUUGUUCACAAAUAGUUUACAUUUAUAAACAUCAAUUUAUUUGGCUAUCACUUUCGGCUAUCUACGUAGAUGAAUGCUUUACGCGAUACACGAUCACAGAGACCAGACAGUUAUGGAACAGGUUCACUGUUUCUUGAUAUUAAGAUUAAUAAUGACGACAGCCGAAGAAAUGUUGUAUUUAAUUCAUCUGCAAGCUUAGCCUUUUGCCAAGGCCAUCGUGGCUUAGAGCGGCAAAUAGGGGGACUGGUACCAUCUUCCAACAUAGGGCCGCUCUUCAAAUCCGAGCAUUAUAUGCUAACUACGCAUUAUGUGCCCAUUUUCAGGGCGCAUUGUAUGGGUUUGGGGCGUGGUAAUCAUAUUCAUCGUUUGUAUCAAAACUAUCUAUACCAUGUGAAAUGAUUACUUACAAUUAGUCACAUACUUUUAGGGCAAUUUCUUUUCAUCUCGAGGGGGCACUCGUAUGCUCGAGGGGGCACAUUUAUGGCUGCAAAAGGGGCACUUGGGUAAA